AUGAUACAUAGGGUCAAAUACGUACCAUCCGAGCCUCAUCAACCUCAGCCUCCUCAAUCACAAUCUCACCCCUCAACGGGCUCGAAAAUAAUCGAGAGCACCAGCCAGAGCCCCUUUCCAGAGGCUAAUGUAACCACCACCGUUGGGCAUGUUUUCAGAUUCAAAGUACCAAAGCACGCCUUCGGUGGGAGCGUAAAUCACUACGAGAUACGGAGCAGUAACAACAAGCCGUUGCCUCACUGGCUGUUUUACGAUGAGGCAACGACCACUCUGCUGGGUGUGCCCGCUAAAAAAGAUGUAGGCCAGCAUCAUUUAUCCAUAAAGGCUUAUUAUACGUACGGAGAUGUCGUUGAGAGUUUAUUUACCGUCAAGGUCCUUCCGGAAAAGACUGAUGAAGUUAAACAUAAGGAUGGAAAGUCGAAAAAGCUUUUUUCAACAACGCCAUUACCCCACAUUAAUAUUGAUCCGAGAAUCGAUUUGUUCUGCUGCGCAGAAAACUUGGAAAAGCUCUCGCUCUUGGGCUUUAAAUGUACGAAACUGAUUGGCUGCAACACCCCAGAGCCGGCGAUUGAUCUUGAUAAUCGGUAUCGUUUGAUGCGUCACGAGCAGAUGCUGGAUGCACAAGGAAAUCCCACGGAUAAAUUUAUUAAAGAUUCAAGAGUUUAUUCUUUUGAAGAAUACAUUGAAAUUCACAAUCUUAAUCAAUAA